GGGCAAACCAAAGAGACAACACCUGCGUGCGGGAAGAGAUGGGGACUCCCGGAAGUCAAACAUUUGGAUAAGGAGAAAGUCAACUAUGCAGGAUUGAAAUGUUGUCAGUGCUGGACACUAGUAGUACGACUUAUGUUGUGUUUAUCGGCAACGCUUGGAAACCCAGUUGGAGACAGCGUGACUAAUCUUGUGCGUGGGUCAGGAAUUACUGCGGUGGUUCCGUCGAGAGGGGUGGGUGCCACACGUUUCCCCAUCAAUGAGGACGUGAGGAUCGGAGGCACUAUGCGACUGUAGGGUGGAUAAGGAGAGGAAGGAAGGAAGGAUGCAGACCACGGGCCAUCGGCUGCGUGAUGUGGAGCAGCAUCACCCCUUGCUGGGUGGGGAGGAGGAGCAGCAGGGGGAGGAGGGGCUAAAGGAGGUGUGUCUGGCGUCCAGGAGGCCCGUCUGGUUCAUUCGGGACACCUGCGGCAUCGUGUGUGCCGUCAUGACCUGGUUCCUGGUCCUCUACGCCGGGUUUGUGGUGAACUUUGUCAUGCUCCUGCCCUCCAAGGACUUCUGGUUCUCGCUGCUCAACGGCAUGGGCUUCAACUUUCUGGCUGUCAUGGCGCUCUCAUCGCAUCUGCGCGCCAUGCUCACUGACCCGGGAGCGGUCCCCAAGGGUAAUGCCACUAAAGAGUACAUGGACAGUUUACAGCUGAAGCCAGGUGAGGUCAUCUACAAGUGCCCAAAGUGCUGCAGCAUCAAGCCUGAGAGAGCCCAUCACUGCAGCAUUUGUAAGCGAUGCAUCCGCAAGAUGGAUCACCACUGUCCCUGGGUGAAUAAUUGUGUGGGCGAGAGAAACCAGCGCUUUUUUGUACUGUUCACUAUGUACGUAGCUUUGAUAUCAACGCACGCACUAUGCUUGAGUGGCAUGCAGUUCUACACCUGUGUUCGAGUCCAGUGGAAUGAGUGCAGCGACUUCUCCCCUCCUGUGGCCGUCAUGCUGAUGAUCUUCCUCUGCCUGGAAGCCCUCCUCUUCCUCACCUUCACCGCCGUCAUGUUCGGCACACAGAUCCACUCCAUCUGCAACGACGAGACGGAGAUUGAGCGUCUGAAGAACGAGAAGCCGACGUGGGAGCGGCGCAUGCGGUGGGAGGGCAUGAAGGCCGUGUUCGGAGGGCCCCCGUCCCUCAUCUGGUGCAACCCCUUCGCCGGCCUGCAGCUACGCCACCUCCUCAUGGUCAGGGCGCGCAAGGGCGGCACCGAGUUCUCCGUCUGAGGGAGGGAGGGAGGGAGGAAGGAAGGAAUGUAUGGUGGAGUUCCACCAUCAGUCUGUCCCACAACUCCUUGACCAAUUCAACUCAACUUGCCAUGCCACCAACCAGUCAUGUCUGAGGAGGAUGGGAUUGGAAGGAGGAUGGGGAGUGGAUGGGGGGCUUCAACAUAUAUGUUCUAUUUGCCUCCCCACACCCCAUCACCUCUUAACUCACCAUGGCGCCAACCAGUCAUGUCUACUGGCCUUCUACUGAAGGACCCCACAACAAUUUUGAGGCAUGCACUUUCGAGUUUUAAAAUGGACGUCUUUUUUUUGUGCACGAACAGAAACGGGCAUUGUAUUGACUACCAAAACAGAAAUGCUCAGCUCAACAUGGUCUAUGGAUUCGUCUUGGAGUCCAUCAGAACUGCUGUUCUAUUGCUGGUCCUAGACUAAUGUACCUUUUUAAAAUGUACUUUUAAUGUCUUUGCUUUUUUGAAAGCCUGCUAUUUUAAGCCUGUGGUGAAACAGGUGUCCAAUCAAAAAGUCAUUGAUGCUUAAAUGUAUUGUAUCUAAGAUGACUGCAGUUUGCCAUGAAGAGUUUCAGUCCAGUCCAGUCCAAGUCCUGGCUGGUCAGCAUUUAGAGGGAAUGUUAAGCCAUCCAGAGAUUUGGCACAACAUAUUGCUGCUGCUCCUGGUUUUGGUGCCCUGGCCCAGAUUACUACUGGUACUCCUGUAUUUUCUCACAACACAGUAGAUUAAGCUGUGGUCCCCCUGAGCUCCAGAAGACUAGUAUUUGUGCUGAGCUUGCUAUUCUAGAUAAGCCAUUACUGCAGGAAUACUGUGAUGACAGUAUUGGACCUGUGAUCUCCGUUUUCGGAGAUCUGGAAUUUUCUGAUGACCACUAAUGCAACAGGAGUGACAACUAUGACUAUAUCGUCACCCUUAAACUGUCGGUACACCCUUGAGCCAUUUCUGAUGUGGUAGUCUUGUUAGACAGAAACCAGUCAUCUCGUGUUAAUCAAUGCAAACAUCACCUGGUGUUACCAUGUCCAAUUGUGAAGGCAAAUAAGUGGCAGCCAUCAAUAGGGCCCUGGUUUGGUCGAUUAUGAGAUUGUGUCAUGCUAUGUAGUAUAUGCAUGAACACAUUAUGUAGUGCAGUUUGAUUUCUGAAAACCAACAAAAAUAUCUGAAGGAAAAUCGGAGAUUAAUCAGGCAGGAAGUUUUACAGUUUAAUCAAAUAGUUCAAAAUAACAUUCACUGUGAUACUUACUUUCAUUGUAAUUUGUGCAUUAUAUAAAGAUUAGUCAAGUACAGGUCCCUCUUACUCCAAAUACUGAAGUCCCUUUAUCUUUAUUUUUUUGUACUAGCUGCACUUCUGGAUGUUUGGUUUUCAAAUACUAUUGUGAGGCUGACUUUGCAGUCACAAGGCACAAACCUUCGAAAGAUCUAGAUUCUAAACAAAAUUCUUUUUCUCUAUUAAAUAGAGCACCCGAGAGAAAAAGUAGAAGAACAACUGCUAUCAUCACUACUAACAUUUAAAUUGGUGCGCCAUUUUGUUGUUUUAAAUAUGAAGAUGCCUUGCUUCUGUGGAGACACAAGACUGGUCUUGUUUAUAGUUCUCCUUUUUUCAUGUCAAAAAUAAUUCACUCCAGACUAGCCUAUUCAUUGCCCAGAAAUAACUUGAAGUAACUUCACAUCCCUAGUGUCACGUGUACAGAUGCAGCACAGAUAAGUUUUAUUAUCCUACUGAAUACAAGACACCUAUUGUUUCUAAAUUGCCUUCAAUUGUGCUAUGAAUGUAUUGAACUUGUUAUGCUGAGCUCAUGAAAGGAUAUGCCUGGAGGUUGAAGAA